AUGGCCGACUCUCCCUCGUCGCCCCUCCUCGGCACCGCCUUCCUACUGUCGCAGUCCCACGCCUCGUCGUCGACCCAGCACCGCCUCCCCAUCACGCCCUCGCUCUGCGCCGACUAUACCUCGUUCCGCCGCGCCCUGGACCAGUCUCGACGGGUCUCGGACGACCCCGUCUCGGUCCGCCUCAACCGCGCAGCCGCACUCGGCGGCGGCGCCGUCUCGGGCCGCGGCGCGCGCGAGAUGGAGACGGCCGCGCAGGGCAAGCAGGCCGCGAGGGCGUCGGACGAGGUGCGGGACUUGAGCGCAGACUGGAAGGAGCGCGGCAGGGGCCUGCAGGACGAGCGCGAGGCACAGCGCUCCCGCCUCUCCACCGAGCUCUCGAUCGAGUCGAUCAUCCGCGCGCGCUCGCUCGCCCUCUUCCGCUCGCGGUGUCCCUCGCACCUGAUGGACGACCCGCCCGCACCGGCGCUCCCGAGGCUGCUCGGCGCCGAGGAGGAGGAGGAGGAGCGCCGGAGGAGGAGGGGGAGGGACGAGCGCGGGAGGGUGAGGUGGACUUGA